CCAGUCCCUCCUCGCCUAUCCCAAACGCAGCAUCCUUCCCUCUAUACAGCAUAAGAUAUCGUCAAUGAAUGCACCACGUUUUGUCUCAACGUGUGGUGCUCCGGUCCAAACGGAUUCUUUUUGUGUGCAUCAUAAUUUCAGUACCGAACAUUUAUGCAGAACAAUCUGGUUAAUUUUCGUGACCCUGAAAUAAACGUGGCGUGACCGACAGAUUGCGAGCGAAGCGACUUCAUCCACUGAGAAGCCGUUGUUUUGGGAUCGAAACCAGCUGAAUGAAGACUAAACGUGGGGACGAAAUGUUGUUGUGACUAAAUACGUGUGGUAAACGGAAACGGUAGGCUGAGAGAUAUUCAAACCACAAACCAAGGACCCCGAGGUCACGUUUAUUAUUGUUGACAGGGGAAAUACCGUCGACGUUGUUGGUAUUUGCAUCAGCCUAGGUAACGUCGUGCCCACUGAAUAUUUUUUUAAAAAGACUAUAGGGAAUGUAAUUGAAAUGAUCUUUAAUUCAUACAUAAUGUAGACGCAUGAAUGAUGUAUUAUUAGCAUAUUUUUGGUGAUCAUUACGCAUAUGCUUGAUGGAAAUACAGACGCUUUGGCGAAAUAACAGAUGGCAUGAGCAUAACUACAUCCGGUCAUAGUAAACAUUUACUGCAACUUCAUAUGCAUUUAUUUAAAUGAGAGAAAGACACAAACAUUAAAUAGGCAGCCUGCUAAAUCUGCUGUUGAUAUUUUAUGUACAAAUCAAUGUAAAUUGCCUCAUUUCAUAUACAUUUAGCAGGUCAUUUCUCUUCAUAUUUGGCUAAAAGUCUAUAACUUAUAGUUAAAGUUGAUAUAUCCUUGCGUUCACACAUUAACAGAAGCAAUAAUUCACAAAAUACAUAAGCAAUAAAUAUCAUUGAGUGUAGAAGUGAAUGCCUGAAUGUAUGUCUGCAUGAAGCCAAAGACACAUAAUCAUUAAUGAGAUUCAUUUUCCAUUUUAAACUCACUGUGGCAAAGAUUGGAUCACUUCAAAUGUUUUUUUCUCAGGUUAAAUCAGUCAACCGAUGUUUAAAAUAGCGCAAAAUCCUUAGUUAAUGCUUGUCUUCCAUCAUCUGCAUCAAUUUCUCAUUCAAAACUAGAUCACAAACCUCAGCUCCAAGUCUUCCACUGUCAAGAAAACUUUGUCGUUUAGUGAAUAUCUCACUAUAUAUUUUAGAAAUCAGAUUAGAUAUUGAUCAGACUAUUUUAUCACUAUAAAAAGUGUAUUAAUAUCAUUAUUAAGUAAGUACUGGCUAACAUAAAUAGGUCAAGAAGAACAGCUACUGACUGAAACUUGAGUCUGGCCUCUCGGCUCUUUUUUCUUUCAUGGAGUAACUGAAUACUCUGGACUUGUUGGAUCGAUCUCCUGCACAGAGGGCGUCACAUCUCAUACUCCCUCACCGGACUCCCUUGCUCCUCAUCAAAACACUCAUCUCCCACCCGACAGGAAGGACGGGUGGAAAACCUCAUCAGGGUCUGAAUUAAAAAGGAAGCCCACUGUCAUCUUCUUGCCUGAACUGUUUUCCACACUGUCAAGCUCAUCUGUUCACAGAUCCAGGGGACGUAUUUCCUUCGCAGAGCUCCUGUCUCACUGUGGACUACUUGCAGAGACCUCCUGCUCUUCAGUUCGAGCCUGUGUUUUGUGUCUGUGUUUGUGUGUGUGUGUGAAAGACAGAGACACGACUCUGAAAGCAACGGCUAUCAUCUGUGAAGAUGUCUGCAGUGCGGCUUCUGUGGGUCCCUGUGCUGUUGUGUUUAACACAUGAGGUCAGAAUUGCAAAAAGGUCAUUGGUUGAGAGCGAUGCAGAUGUCUCUGUGGAAACUGCAGGGUGAAGUGUGAGAGAAAGAUACUUGGAAUAUCAGCUUGGCUCUGCCAUGGGGCGUGUGUGGAGGUGGACUCCGACACGGAGGCAGUGAUGGGCGAUGGCUUCAAAUUGGGCUGUAUCUCUUGCAAGAUGAGAGGGGAAGUGCCGGCCUCUGCCACAGUGGACUGGUGGUUCAGGGCCAAAGGCGAGAGUGACUUUACACACAUCUACAGUUAUGCAGAUAUGGAAGGCUAUAUAAUGGACGACCGCUUCGUUGAUCGCCUAGCCUGGAACGGCAGUAAAAAAACUGAUGAUGUGCAAGACGGCUCAAUUUACAUCCUCAACGUCACCUUCAAUGACACCGGCACCUAUCGAUGCUUCUUCGACCGCACCCUCGUCUUCCCCAAUUACGAGUUCCGCACCAAUGCUACCAAGUUUAUCAUCCUCACUGUAGUGGGCAAUGCUACACGAGGUAUGGCGUCCAUCUUAUCUGAGAUCAUGAUGUAUGUGUCAAUCAUCGGGCUGCAGUUAUGGCUGGUGGUGGAGAUGGUCUACUGUUACAGGAAGAUCGCAGCAGCGGGAGAAGAAGCGCUGAGAGAGAGCGAGGCGGAAUAUUUAGCUAUAACCUCGGAGAGCAAAGAUAAUUGUGCAGGUGUAGCGGUGGCAGAAUAACACAGGUCCAAAAAAAGUCUCAAGCCAAAAGCUUGAAGAUAUGUCCACUAUGACAUCACCAACGGCGUCCUCAAUCACCAUCACCGUAUGGCACCAUCACUGCCAUAACCACAGGGCCGCUGUUUUCACAAUGACUGUGACAGAAACGCCAUUCUAAACCAUCAGGGAAAUGCAGUCACAUAUUACUAAAAAAUGAAGUGUUUUUACCCUAGACAACAAUUUGAGGUUAACAAAUGAAAGCAUUUAUUGGUUCAAGCAUGAUUCUGUAACACUGAACAUAACAAAUUGUACCGAACAUGACUUGUACAUACGUGUUUCAGCUUUUAACACCGUUUUGCUUUUUUCCACAUGAGAACUCAGCUUUAAAUGUGAUGAAAAUGAGCCACCAGUAUAUCUAAAGAGCCAGAGGACAUCAGAAAUAUUAUAGUGUAUAAAAAUCUGCAGGUCACUAGUAUAUUUACUGAGCCAGAGCGAAAACAUAUAUAUAUAUAAAAACAUGAUUUAAUCAAAUCGAAUUAUAUAUGUGAAAACAUAUCUAUAUAUAUAUAUAUAUAAGUAUUCUAAAGAUCACAAAUAUAUAUGUAAUAUAUAAAUAGGAAAAAUAGAAAACUUAUUAACAUAUAUUAGGGGUGUAACGUUGAACAUAUUCUUUCGGUUUAACCACUGGAGAAAUUUUCUGUAUGCUAAAUGUAAUUUGAAACUGAGUUUCCCUCUUUGAAUGAGAAACUUGUAUUUCACAGUUGUAUUCUAAUGAAAUUCACUCCAGUAUUUCAAUUUCUCAGUGAGUCUCAAUUUAUCUCCACAGACGAGCGCCGGUGUUGUCCCGACUUCUGACCCCCGCCAGAUACCCCCUAAAUCCGUGGGGUUACGAUUAGGCAAUCAAGUAGCGGCUUCAACGAGGGAUAAUAAUUUGGGAGGGAGUCGAAAUUAGGCACAACACCUGUGCACAUUAAAAUGGGACUGCAAGAAUUCUGACUAAAAUAUACAUUUUGCAUCCAAAAUUGGAAGCACUUCAAACCUCUUCCCAACAAAACAUUGAAUAGCAGCAGGAACAGUGUUUUGCAGCAGUAUUGACAGACUUCUAUAUUUAAAGGGAAAACAUAGUUUGUUCAGUAAAGCAAAAAAAAAAAAAAAAAACCCACCAAACUGUGACUUCAAAACCGAGGUACGUAAUUUUUGCGUAUACCGUUUCACCCCUAAUAUAUAUAUAGAAGGAGAAAUCUCAUGUUUGGCAGCUAGGGACUGUGAUUAGCAUUGCAUAGCUAAUGCCAACUUAAUAAUAACAACGCACAUCUACAACAAGAGCUUCCUAUCUGUCUACAGUCCUUCUCACAUACAGGGGACUUGAACCAGAACUAACUUAACUAAUCACAGGUAAGCUAACCAUAACUAUUAAAACUUUAUUUCUAAAACAAUAGUUCACUUAAAGGUACACUAUGGAACUUUUGCUGCUCUACCGGGUAAAAAAAAAAAAAAAACUGAAUGCAUUUUGCUGAGGAACAUUGUUUUGGUUGUGCUUAGGCUCUGAGUGAGUGUACAGAUGAAUAUGACCCUUCACAAUAGAUAUUGCUUUACAGUGAACUCUGUUAGAGAGCUAGAGUUUAUCUGUUUAAUAAAAUAACGUACCUUCACCACUGCCACUCCCACACCAUACACAUGUCAAGCAAUAAUAAUAUGGGGGCUGUUUACACGACACCGUUUUCAACUAAAAA